GACAGGCGGCUGCUGCGACAGCAAGAAGAAGCAUUACUGACAAAAUACAAAAAUUUGCAGAUUCACGCAAUUGCCAAUUUAAAACAAGGGAGUUAAAUUUAACAAAUUUCCAUCAAUUAGUUUAAAGACUUAUAAAUAAAUAUCAAGAAUCAUGACUACUGGCACUGUUCCGGCUGACGGAGUGCGGGAGAAGGCUCUCUUUGAGUAUAGGAAAAAGUUAUUGGAACACAAAGAAGUUGAGUCGAGGCUAAAAGAGAAGCGUGAAGAAAUCAAGGAGCUAACAAAACAGUAUGACAAAUCUGAAAAUGAUUUGAAAGCUUUACAAAGUGUUGGCCAGAUUGUGGGUGAAGUGCUGAAACAGCUUACCGAAGAUAAAUUUAUUGUUAAGGCCACAAAUGGUCCACGCUAUGUUGUCGGUUGCCGUCGCCAAUUGGACAAGACAAAGCUGAAGUCUGGCACCCGUGUUGCCUUGGACAUGACUACCUUGACCAUAAUGCGUUAUUUGCCACGUGAAGUUGAUCCCUUGGUCUAUAAUAUGUCGCAUGAAGAUCCUGGAGAUGUUAAAUAUUCAGCUAUUGGUGGCCUUUCAGAACAAAUUCGUGAAUUACGAGAAGUCAUUGAAUUGCCACUGUUAAAUCCUGAACUUUUCUUACGUGUGGGCAUUACCCCACCCAAAGGUUGUCUGUUGUAUGGUCCUCCUGGUACGGGUAAAACUUUACUCGCUCGUGCUGUGGCUUCCCAAUUGGAUGCCAAUUUCUUGAAAGUUGUAUCCUCCGCCAUUGUCGAUAAGUAUAUUGGUGAAUCGGCACGUCUCAUUCGUGAAAUGUUUAACUAUGCUCGUGAUCAUCAACCCUGUAUUAUAUUCAUGGAUGAAAUUGAUGCCAUUGGUGGUAGACGUUUCUCCGAGGGCACAUCUGCUGAUCGUGAAAUUCAACGUACCCUUAUGGAACUUUUAAAUCAAAUGGAUGGUUUUGAUGCUUUGGGUCAGGUUAAAAUAAUUAUGGCCACAAAUCGUCCCGAUACUUUAGAUCCUGCCCUAUUGCGUCCCGGUCGUUUGGAUCGUAAAAUAGAAAUUCCACUACCAAAUGAACAAGCAAGAAUGGAAAUUUUGAAAAUCCAUGCUCAAAAAAUUGCCAAACAUGGAGAAAUUGACUAUGAAGCCAUUGUCAAACUUUCGGACAAUUUCAAUGGUGCCGAUUUGCGUAAUGUUUGUACCGAAGCUGGUCUUUUUGCAAUUAGAGCUGAACGAGAAUAUGUUAUUCAAGAAGAUUUCAUGAAGGCUGUCCGUAAGGUAUCCGACAACAAGAAAUUGGAAAGCAAAUUAGAUUACAAACCAGUCUAAAUAUACUAAAAUGCAUACUUUAUUUUUUACAUGUAACAAAAAAACGAUUUAAAAUAAUCAUUCUAAUUUAAACACUUGCUUGUUUUCUCACCUUAAGAAUAAAAACAAUAUUUGUAAAAUACAAAAA